AUGGCCUGGUCACUUAUCCAUGCAGGGUGGUUGCAUUACCUCCUGGCUAUAUUCAAUGCCCAUGACUGGACUAUGGGCUACGUUACUACUUUCUCAACCGAGAUAUUCUCUCUCCUGAACAGCAUAAUAUAUUUUCAUAAAGCUAUCCAAGAGCUUGAGCGAGCCCACGCAAACCUCUCCUUCGCCGCAUUCCUGUAUGCCAUCAUAGGUGCGGUAGGAACAAUGCUACUCGCCAUAUUCUUGUCCACAGCGGAGUCUUGGAAACCUUUAUUCCACCGAUACAUCCGCCUGGGACUUUCGGAAUAUGCUGCAGCAAUAUCCAUUAUCUUGUUUAUUGGAUUACCUCAUAUUGGAGAGCUCGCUCAUUUGGACAAAUCAACGCUCCCCGUCAGCGUUACAUUCCAACCCACAUCUCCAGAACGUCAUAUAUUCUUUGUCGAGUUCUGGAAACUUCCUGCCCGUUGGAUAUUCGUGGCUAUUAUUCCCGGCAUAAUCAUCACAAUGCUUUUCUUUUUUGACCAUGAGAUAAGCUCUAUCAUAUGCACCAUCGAUCGUUAUAAGACGCGGAAGCCUGGUGGGUUUGCUUGGGACAUCAUUCUCCUGGGUACUACCACUGCCUUAUGCGGCAUCUUGGGAAUUCCUCCUGCAAACGGUCUUUUACCUCAAGCCCCUCUGCAUUCAGAAUCUUUGAUGCAUGCGGACACAGAAGAAGCUGUAGUCGAAGUCGAUGGCCAGGAAACGGUAGAAGUCCUGCAUAUUAGGAGAGUAUAUGAACAGCGGUGGUCUUCUUUACUCCAUGGAUGUGGGAUUCUUGCAUUUGUUAGUCCUCCCUUCAUGAAAGUUCUUGGGUUGACCCCAACAAGCGUACUCGCUGGGUUAUUCUUAUUCAUGGGAGAACAAAGCUUAUCUGUCAAGUAA